GUAUUCGAGAACCGAUUCAAAUCGAUUUCAGUCGUUGCGUGGACGUGCAGCCAACACAAGUGCAUAUUUACACAUUUUCAUAUUGUUUUUCUUUUUUUUUUUACAAUGGUAUCCAACGUGGUCAAACUGUGUUUGAAUAUUAUCAUAGCUGUAAACAUCCGAACAUGCUUGUCAUGUCCAUCCGAUAAGUCCCGAAACGUGAACGACGAAUUGUUUGACGCAAAAGCUAUUUACAAAUCUGGAUCAAAGACCGUCAAAGUGGACACCACACCCAUGACAUUGGAAAGGAUCCUGUCCAAACUGAAACAGGCCAAAAUAUUCAACAAGGACGACACCAGUCUCACUUACAGGGACAAGAAGGAAUUGAAUAAAUUGUUCUCUUCUGUUGAGAUUAUGAUGACAUCACGAAACAGACAACCGUCUAACGUCCAAUCCAUGUUCGCGUCCCUGCGCCUUGUCGAGCGGGCGUUGAAGAAGCAACUCAAAGAAGGACAGAUAUCCGAAAGUUUAGCUGCUAAAUUUCAUUGGGAGAACUUAUUAUCACGACAUAAGAGAGAAAAACCAAGUUUCAAGUUGGACGAGAAGACGAAAAUGCGCGUGUUCGACGUUACAUAUUAGUGCAACAAAUUGAUUGGCGUGUAAGAAAAUAUCAAAUAAUACAGAGACAGAAAAAGAACCUACGCAGUGAUGGGCGUUCCUUAGAAUAACGAUAAGGCUUGGUUCGUUUAUUAUGCGCCAAACCUAUUUUGCGAACGAUCUGUUAUAUUUUAAUCAUCAAUUAAUGUAAGAACUUCGUGUUUCUACCAUCCAUUUCACCUUCCGAGUGCCUUGUCUUUUACGUCAUCUAUAAAUGCCCUUUUUGGGUUUCGUUUCUUUACACUAGCUAGAUUUCCUACAAUCAGGUAUUGGUUAAAAUUGUCGUGUCGUAACUUUAUUUUCUCAAUGUAUCAAAUAAAGGGAGUAUAUAUAUAUAGGGGAAUAGGUAUUUAUACAAUGUAGGAUUUCUUUGUAAUUAUAGUUCGGAUUAAAAAAAAGUGCGUUAUUAUAAAAGUUGAAAUCCAAAAAUGUAUAUAAUUUGUGAUAUUUGUUGAAAGACUUAAAGGGAUUGUAUCUCCACUUUCUGGUAAAAUCUCUCUCUCAUCUAAGAGUUUUACCGGUUCCAUCCUCAGCAGUUGAGCGUCGGAGCCCAGGUUCCUCUUUACUUACUUCUUGGUCUCCACUUCGCACGGUCGUCGGCAUCCCUAGUUGUCAGACUAUGGGCACGCAUAUGUCAUUAACGACUUUCUGAUAAAAUAUAAUAUUGACAAAUAAACUGCUAGAUAAACCUAUCGUAGACACUUAAUCAACAAGCGGUGAAAGAGUCCUUUAUUUUUAAUUAUUUAAUUAAGUAUAAGUUGUUAAGUAUAUGUUGUAGUUUGAACUCGUGUGAGCUUUAGAAUUUAUGUGAAAACUGUUGAAGCUCCAGAUUCGUAAAUAGUUUUAAUUAUAAUUAAAUUAUUUUAUUUUGUA